CUCAAAAAGAGGUGACGUUGCUAUGAUCAAUUUGAUCGUUCACUGGCGUGGAUUCAUCUUUGAGCAAUUCAGUGACUACUUCUCCUCUUCCCCAUCAACACAUAACUCAUCUCGAUCCACUCAAUCCCACACAUGAAGUCCCUUGCCCUCUUGGUGGGGGUGGUGGCUGUUUGCCACGCCUUCUACCUCCCCGGUUUAGCCCCUGUCACUUAUUGCGAAAGGGCCGACGACGGCAAAUGUCAAACCGAAAUUAAGCUCUACGUGAAUCGGCUCAACUCGGAAGAAUCUGUUAUUCCUUAUGAAUAUGACCACUUCGAUUUCUGUAAAUCGGAUUCGUCCUCGGGGCCUUCGGAGAAUUUGGGACAAGUGGUUUUCGGCGAGCGAAUCCGGCCAUCGCCUUAUAAAAUCGUCUUCAAUAAGAAUAACGACAAAUGUCAAACGGUCUGUACCAAGGAGUACAAUUUGAGGAAUGCUGACAGUCAAAAGAAACUCAUCCAACUCCGAAAAGGCAUGAGUAUGAACUAUCAGCAUCAUUGGAUCGUGGACAAUAUGCCCGUCACUUGGUGCUAUCCGGUGGAAAGUGGACAGAAAUAUUGCGCGACAGGAUUCCCCAUGGGAUGUUUUGUGGACAAGCAGGGCAAUCCCAAGGAUGCCUGCGUGAUUUCGAGAGACUAUACCAAGCCCAACCAUUUCUACAUCUUUAACCACAUUGAUCUCGAGAUCUCGUACCAUCCCGGGAAUAACGAGGAUUGGGGUCGAUAUUUGAGCGAUCAAAUGGGUGGGCGUAUCGUAUCUGUGAAAGCCACUCCUCGAUCCAUUGAUCACGGAGCGAGCCCGACUGAUGAUUGCUCGGCCUCACUUCAAAGCAAGGCGCCUUUGGCGAUUCCGGCAACACCCGAGAAUAAUGGCAAAUUGUCCAUCACUUAUUCGUACACUGUACGGUUCAUUGCAAAUGCGGAUGUCAAAUGGAGUUCCCGAUGGGAUUAUAUCCUCGAGAGCAUGCCUCAUACCAAUAUUCAGUGGUUCUCCAUCAUGAAUUCAUUGGUGAUUGUCUUGUUCCUCUCGGGAAUGGUGGCCAUGAUCCUUUUGCGCACUCUUCAUAAGGAUAUUGCUCGUUACAACCAAAUCGACUCUGGCGAAGAUGCUCAAGAAGAAUUUGGCUGGAAACUCGUUCAUGGGGACGUGUUCAGACCCCCUCGCAAAGGAAUGCUUCUGUCUGUUUUCCUUGGCUCUGGAGCCCAGAUCUUGGCCAUGUCGGGCAUCACGCUAAUCUUUGCUUGCUUGGGAUUCCUGUCUCCUGCUAAUCGAGGCUCGCUAAUGACUUGUGCCCUGGUUUUGUACGUUUGUUUGGGAACACCCGCGGGUUAUGUAUCGGCACGGAUUUACAAGAGCUUCGGGGGCGAAAAGUGGAAAUCCAACGUUUUGCUGACAUCAAUGCUUUGCCCUGGGGUUGUGUUUGGACACUUCUUCAUCAUGAAUUUGGUCUUGUGGUACAAAGACUCAUCGGCUGCCAUCCCGUUCUUCACAUUAGUGGCCCUCCUAGCACUUUGGUUUGGCGUGUCUGUUCCAUUAACGUUUGUUGGUGCCUUCUUCGGCUUCAGAAAGCGUGCUUUGGAGCACCCUGUCCGAACGAAUCAGAUUCCUAGACAAAUCCCGGAACAAAGUUUUUAUACUCAGCCAAUCCCAGGAAUCGCGAUGGGUGGCGUCCUACCCUUCGGUUGCAUCUUCAUCCAACUGUUUUUCGUCUUGAACUCGAUUUGGUCCUCUCAAAUCUACUACAUGUACGGCUUCUUGUUCCUGGUGUUCAUCAUCCUGCUCAUCACUUGCUCGGAAACCACCAUCUUGCUCUGCUACUUCCACCUGUGUGCCGAAGAUUAUCAUUGGUGGUGGCGAAGCUUCUUGACAUCUGGAUUCACCGCAUUUUACUUGGCAGUGUACUGCAUACAUUACUUUGUAACCAAAUUGGAAAUUGAAGGCCCGGCAUCGACAUUCCUCUACUUUGGCUACACCUCGAUCAUGGUGUUUCUGUUCUUCUUGCUUUCCGGAACAAUCGGAUUCUUUGCUUGCUUCUGGUUCGUGAGAAAAAUCUAUAGCGUGGUCAAAGUGGAUUAAGCCUGGAUUUACAAGGAAUUACGGACGAAAACUGAUUUCCAGCCACUUUAAGGACCCGUGAUUGGUGGCGUCUUCUCGCCAAUCUACCACGUACACCAACUAUUACCGAUAAAUUGGGGUGCUUUUGUUUUUUUUUAUUGGAAGGAACCUGUGAUAAAUCUUAGCCUUUCUCUCUUUCUCCCGCCCCGUUCCUUUUUUUUCGCCCAAAACAUGAUUCAUUUUCUUUUCCAAAUUUUGGCGUUUGCGAGUGAGUGACAGACCAGCUUUGUUAGUGCAAAAACCCUCUGUAAAGUGUUUUUUUUGUUUGAGUUUGACUGGCAAUGCUUGUUUCUAUAAAUUGAUGUUUGAAGAGCCAAGGCGAAAAUCGAAUCGCUCGUUUCGAGAAUACUUUCUGCACAAUCAUUGACCCCCAAAAUAGUGCAUUCUGAAUAAUCAAAUCAUUCUCAUUCUGACAGCAUCUCCUGCAAUUGUUAUCAUUAUUCUUAGAGCUCUCAGCUAUGAUGUUGAUUGAAAUUACCACUACCUGUAUAUGGAAGGUACAAUAAAAGCGUGCUCUUUUGUGAGAAA